AUGGAGGGAGGUUGUCGCCAGAUCGGAUCUGGUGAAGGAACUGCAAGGAUUGUGGAGGAGGGGAAGUCAUAUAGUCAUGUGUGUGGGUUAGCCAUGCUUCUGGUCAGCGAGGGAGUGGCUGAGCACGACGGGAGCAUUGGCGGCGACGUUUGUCGUUGUGGAUGGUGGGUUGACCUGGUCAGUGACGGAGUUGGUGGGUACGACAGGGGGAUUGACGGAGCCGUGGAAACUCGUCGUCGAUCUAGAGUGAAGGUGGAGGGGUUUCACCGAGAAGAAGGAGAGAAACGAAAUGGUAAAAGUAAAUCAAAAUUGUUGAUUAAUUGGUAA